AUGGCGGAAGAUCUGGUUCUGGAUACUGCAAUCAGAGACUGGGUGCUGAUCCCUCUCUCUGUGGUUAUGGUUCUCAUUGGCGUGCUCCGUUAUUUUGUCUCUAUGCUUAUGCGCUCUACCCAAACUCCUGAUGCCAAAAUUGUUAAAGAAGGGCAAGUGAUUCUCAGAGCUCGGAAUUUACGUACUGGAGCAAAUUUUGUUCCUUCAAAGGCUUUUCGUGCCCGCAAAAUUUAUUUUUGCAACGAGGAAAAUGGUCUGUUGUUUGUUCCAAAGGGUCAAGUCCAGAAUCCGCAAGCACAGAUGUUCUCUGAUCCAAACAUGGCCAUGGAUAUGAUGAAGAAAAACCUUUCAAUGAUCAUUCCUCAGACUCUUACUUUUGCUUGGGUGAACUUUUUCUUUUCUGGAUUUGUAGCUGCCAAGAUACCGUUUCCACUGACACAGAGGUUUAGGUCGAUGUUACAGAAUGGAAUAGACCUUAGCACAGUUGAUGUUAGCUAUGUCAGCAGUCGCUCUUGGUACUUCCUCAAUCUGUUUGGAUUAAGAGGACUGUUUAGUCUAAUCUUGGGUGAAGAAAAUGCUGUAGAUGAUACACAGCGUAUGAUGCAAAUGGGUGGAUUUGGAUUUGAUCCUUCAAAGCCAUACCACAAGGUAGAAAUGAUCAUUCAUUUCAACGAGGUGCUGUGAUGUAAAUGAUUUUUCACCAAGGUUGACAGUCAGGUGAAAUUGGACACUUAAAGAAAUAGAAGCAAAAUGUAGGCACACUCUACUAAGUGUAUUUGGAAAAACUUAUUUGAGCUUAUGAAAAUGACUCAACUUUCUUAUAUUAGACUCUAAGCUUAUUUUCAUAAGCAUCAAAAAUCAAAUUUAUGGAUAAGCUCUUAUGUAAUAAGAACAUACUAAACUAUAAGUAUCUUGGUUAAAUUGUUUACUUAAACACAUCCUUAGUUAAUCAUUUGGGGAAUAUAUAUACAAAGUGGGGGUUGGGGAACACUUUGCCUUGGCUUUGCAGUAUAGUCAUUAAUUUUGAAUGGUGAAAAUGGGAAAAUACAGUAAUUUGAGAUAGAGGAAUAUCUCAUAUGUUCAAACGUGGAGUAGGUAAAGGCAUGACUGACUAAAAUGAAUCUUAGUCU